UCUUUCUUUGUUUCCAUCACCACCACUCACUUACCCCCUCUCUCUCUUUGAGUGGAGCUGACAAAACGAUGUCGUAAAACACCAAAACAAGAAACAAGAAAAUCAAAUCAAAUCAACCCACAUUUUCCCUUUUCCUCCUCAUUGAUGUGUAAACAAAUAUUCUAGGAUUUUAAUGCUGUAAUUGUGGAAAGCUUCAAACCCACAAGGAAAAAAAAAUGAGCUUGGAUCUAGUGGUGUCUUCUCAAGGGAAUCUUGAUGAGCAAAUUGCUCAGCUUAUGCAAUGCAAGCCCUUAUCUGAGCAAGAGGUAAGAGGAUUAUGUGAGAAAGCAAAGGAGAUCUUAAUGGAUGAAAGCAACGUGCAACCUGUGAAAAGCCCUGUGACUAUAUGUGGUGAUAUUCACGGCCAAUUCCAUGAUCUUGCUGAGCUUUUUCGUAUUGGUGGGAAGUGUCCUGACACUAACUAUCUAUUUAUGGGAGAUUAUGUAGAUCGUGGAUACUAUUCUGUGGAAACAGUAACGCUUUUGGUGGCUCUCAAAGUUCGGUAUUCUCAACGGAUUACAAUUUUGAGGGGAAAUCAUGAGAGCCGUCAGAUAACUCAGGUUUAUGGGUUUUAUGAUGAAUGUUUACGAAAAUAUGGUAAUGCCAAUGUGUGGAAGACUUUCACAGAUUUGUUUGACUACUUUCCUCUAACAGCUUUGGUUGAGUCGGAAAUUUUUUGCCUCCAUGGUGGUUUGUCUCCAUCUAUUGAAACUCUUGAUAAUAUACGUAAUUUUGACCGCGUCCAAGAAGUUCCACAUGAGGGGGCCAUGUGUGAUCUUUUGUGGUCUGAUCCUGAUGAUCGUUGCGGAUGGGGUAUUUCACCCAGGGGUGCUGGAUAUACAUUUGGCCAAGAUAUAUCCGAGCAGUUUAACCACACCAACAGCUUAAAACUAAUUGCGAGAGCACACCAGCUUGUUAUGGAGGGAUUCAAUUGGGCUCAUGAUCAAAAGGUGGUUACCAUAUUUAGUGCCCCUAAUUAUUGCUACCGCUGUGGGAAUAUGGCAUCCAUAUUGGAAGUUGACGAUUGCAAUGGCCAUACAUUCAUUCAGUUUGAACCAGCUCCUAGGAGAGGCGAGCCAGAUGUAACGCGAAGAACGCCAGAUUACUUCUUAUGAUCAAGAUGCACUUACUUGGUGAUUUUAUUGCAGCACGUCUUGCUAAACUGGUUUAUAUGCUGUGACUUUCUUGGAAGCUCUAUAGUUAUUACUGCUAUAGUUUCGCGAUACUGCAAAUUGCAUGAAGCAUGUAAAUCGGGCAGGUGAUGCGUUCUUCCUUACAUACAGUUCUGAAACUUCACGGAAAGCAGUGAAGAGAGCGAGAAUGAUUAACUUUUCUCUUUCUUCUUAUAGUAUUUCUUUUUUGUUACUGGUAGAAAGGACCAUCAUUUCGUUCCUCGAUUAUUUUUGUUCGGUGUAGAAGGACGAUACUCUCGUGUGAGCUCUGUAGAGGCAAGACAUUAUUUUUUAACCUUAUAAUGGGUGCUUGAGUAAUUUAUUAUCUUACUUUCACCUUG